AUGAAUUCAUUACUCAACCUCGUUAUUUUUGUCCUUGAGCAGCUUCUACUCGUAGCCCCACGGGAUCAUGUAUAUGCAGCUGCAGUUGCCUAUGCUUACGAUCCGGUGCCAAACAUACCCCAGUACAUUCGUCCCAAGUAUGCAUCUUUUCCUCAGCAUGCAUCUAGGCCAAAUGAACACAUUAAAAACAACACCAUUCGGUUACGACCGCAGGCAGCUGGACUUCCAUACCGAUCGAGUUUCGAUUAUGUCCGGGCUGCCAAGUACUGGAAGGCAAAUCUGGAAGAGACCAUCAAGGUCCUUGAGCUGAUCACUACCGACACUUCCACUGUUGAUGUCGAAGUCGGCAACGGUAUAACAUUAGCCAAGCUUGCGAGAAAAGAGCUGCGUCCAGGCCUCGAAAAUCGUAUGGUAAUCGCAACAAGUCACAUGUUUCCAAGUGGAGAUGAGCGGCAGAUUCGGAUCAUAGCCACCUUGAUGAUCAUGUAUUUCGUCUUCGAUGCGCUUUCGGAUCUGAGGGACGAUUUCUUCAGCCGAUUUGAUGGCCCCAAGGCUAGACGAUCACAGAGAACACCGAGUGCACUUCAGAACCAUUUGGAUGAAACAGUGGCCGGCAUAUACGAAGAAGAUGCUGCAGGUGGUAACGGGGGACACGAGAUGCUUGAAGCACUGCGAGGUGCCUUCCGCUGCGUUCACCCAGAGGGCAACUUUCCCACAGUCGACAGCUACCUUGCAUUUAGGAGAUUGAACGUCGGGGCGAGAUUCGUGAUCGCGGCGGCAAAGUUCACUAUCAAGUCUAAUGUUGACGUUUCAGACCCGCGCUUUGCCAGAUUCUUGAGUUUGAUCGGAGACCACCUCGGCCUUGUCAAUGACCUUGCGUCGUACGAGAAAGAGGCACGGGCACUUAGCACAGGAGAAACCAAGGACAUGAUCAAUAUCGUUGCCGUGAUGCACAACUUGAUGUCCCUUCCAAGCGAAAAAGCGGCUAAAGCGGCAGCCUUUUCUUACUUGUUGCAGGUGGAAACAUGGAUAAUGGAGGAAAUCGAGCGGCUGGCAGCGUGGGAAAAGCUGAAAGACGAGGAGUGGUGGUUCCUUGAGGCCGUGUUCCUUUCAGCGACCGGGAAUACGUUUUUCUGUAUGACUAGUUCGCGUUAUAGUGGAGAAGCUGCAAAGAUUAACUAG